GGGAGGGAGAGAGGCGGGGAGAGGCAGAGUCCCAAGGAGAUCUGAAGACACAGAGGAAGACACGGGAAAGUGGCAGAGAAGGAACCGGGGCACACAGCAUCUGGAACUCGUUGGGUUCCCAGAGGUUAGGGGAAUCCACAUUCCUAUGUGGUCUCAGCCUUCCAGUUCUUCCAUGGUUUUCCCCCGGGGGCUUCAAAGAGAAGGAGGAGGAGGCGGCCGUGGAGAGAAGGAGCUGGAGUGGGUGGGCGAGUCGGGGUUCUUCUCCCCAUCCUCCUGAGACAUGCCUCACCCGCCUUCCCAGGAUGCAGCAACAGGUGGAGACCCUGGGCUCCUCCACCGCCGGCAACCCCAGCAUGCACAGGGAGGCAGGAGCCCUCCUUGUGGACGUUGAGACCCUAGAGGAGACGCAGACUCGGAGCCUGGGCAGGCCUGUCAGAUCCUCGAAGCAGUACCUGCGUCAGGUCAUUGCAGAAUACGAGGCGCUGGACCGAGAGCUACCAUGCCUCCGGAGGUUUCCCACACCACCCGCUGCCCAGCCUCUCUGUCUGUGCAUGGAGACCUCACCCCAGGAGGACUUUACCCAUCUGGAGGUGCUGGAGGCUCUGGAGGCCGAGUUACCCGGGGCCAUGGAGAGCGGGCGCGUGACCAGUAUCCGUUUUGAAAAUACGAACGUCAUCUGUGGGACGGCGGGGUGCCGGGACAGGUGGCUCAUCACGGUCGCGGACUUCCAGACUCGCUCGCGUCUGCUGCGCUGCGGCCUCCGCCUCCGCGGGCUCGAGCACCCGCUGGUGCGCCACGACGAGCUGCUGCUGGCCGAUUACCGCCUGCACCUGCGCCGCUCCCUGGUCCGGCGGCGCAUGCUCGAGGCCCUGGGGGCGGAGCCGACCGCGGAAGUCUAGCGCUCGGGGGGCGGGCCCCGGCUGCGCUUGCACGCCGCCCAGCUGGCUCGGGCUACCCACCCGGAACCCCCGAGGGUAGGGGGCGUUGCCUCCCCAGGAAGGAGGCGGGGCCGGCUCGAGGGGGGUGGAUACUGUGAGUUUAAUUAUAAAGAAUGACCUGGUACAAAAGCCAUUUCUCUCUGCAAAAUCUUGGUGGGGAGUCAGGGCGAGGGAGGUGACGGGGGGGGGGGGGGUAGGGAUGAACCC